AUGGCUACAGACCAUCUCUACAAGAUUGCUCAAGAUCCUCGUCUUUUCCUGUUAUUAUUCAAGUUGUAUCAAUCUGGUUUAGUGUCCCCAAAGCGGGAAGAAAUCAAACAAGAAACUACUGAAUUGUUAAUCGAGGAAGAUGGAAAGCAACAACAACUGGAAGAGAACAGUACAAAUGAAGAAGCUGAAUUGAAACGUGAAGAAGAACAAAUCAUAGAAUCGGUCACAAAUGAAAAGCAAGAAGUUUCAAGUCAAAUAAUCAAUUCCACCGAUAGCCAGUAUAAAACUCUCCUUGAUCAUUUGAUCUCCCAUCUUGGUGGAAGAACUGCAUUGCCAGAUGAAGAGUAUUGUAAACUUUUUGAAGGAGGAGAGAAUGGAGUUUUCUUCCAAGGGUUGAAGGAAAGCUUUUCAUUGAAAGAAUUGAUUCAAUUUUUACAUGAAUGUGUAAUUCCUCAUCAUUCAUUCUCUUUGAUCAAGAAAUUUCCAAUGAGUGUUUCUGCUAAAGAAUUACUGCAGUUGACCGGAAGAGAAAAUGACAUUGAUGCAGUUCAGAAAGUAACAGGGCUUGCAAUCUCUUCAAUAAUGAAUCUCAAAUGGAUGAAGAACUAUUCUCAUUUGUUUCAUUCAUUCGAUAGUAUGAGAUUAGUUUUAGAUUUGAAACACAACACAUAUGUUUCAAAUAAUUACAAUUCAGUCACCAAAAUGUGCAUCGUGUAUCCAUGUUAUAAUGUUACAGAGGCCUUUUCUUAUAUUAUCCAAAACUGGCCAAAUCUUGAAGAAAUUGAAUGCGAAUGUUACAACCUGGUUAUUGGAAAAUUGGAGAAUUUGAAACAAAUCAUUGAAAUUACAAUUAGAGACCAAGUACAUACUUCAGUGGUUCAAAAUCUCCUCACUUCCUUCCCUAAAAUUCUUAAACUGAAUGUUAAUUUAAGAUUCUGGUUGGAGUAUCACAACAAAAUUAAUAACAAGACUUUGGGAGUUUUGAUUCCAACUGGCCAAUCAAACUUAUUCAAAUUACUAUUCAAGAAGCACAGAGUUGGAUCCUAUCCAUUCUAUACCAUUGAAGAUCCACUUGUUUCCUUGGAAGAUUUCAGAAAGGUAUAUUGUGAAGAAUUGGGAUUAAUCGGUCUCAUUUCUAACCUUCAUCAAGAAGCUCAAGAUCUGAGAAUAAUUGCCAAUGAAUUGUUAUGUGAUGAAGACAUUUCUAAGGUAAAGUACGUCGUAAGAAAAGUUGAUAGACUUGUAGAUAGAAUUGAUGAAGAAGAAUCAAUGGAAUUUAUUUGUGCUUUUGAAGAAUGUCUUCUUGAUUUUAACAACAUCAAGCAACAAGUUCUCAAAACUCUGUAA